AUGGUGUCCUUCACCUGCAGCUUCUGCCAGGACGUGGUGAAGAAGCCGAAGGUGGUGGGCCACGCCAACUCAUGCCGUGGCGCCUCCUUCACUUGUGUUGAUUGCAUGGAAGUGUUCGACCUUAACAGCAUCAAGGCUCAUACGUCGUGCAUCACCGAGACAGAGAAGUACCAGGGGAGGUGGCGGCAGAAGGCGACAGCGGCAGUACCACGCAAACGCACUGACAGCGAGAGCGACGAAGAUGGUGACAGCGGCAAGCGACAGCCGCUACGGCCGCCUCGACCACCAAUGGACUUGAGCAGCGACUCCGACGAUGAUACGUGGGUGACCUCGAAGAAGAAGGCAACAGCCACGAAAGAGAGCCCAGUGAAGGGGAAAAAAUGCAGCGAGAAGCCCAACGGCUCCCCGCGCAAGCGGGGACGGGCGGAGUCGACGCCACCGCACACGGCCGAGGUAGCAGCAGCCCCCAGCCAUGGCUCCACAAGGCGGAGGCUCGAGCGACUCGAGCUCCCACGGGCGAUGACGGAGGCGGACUGCAUUGUCCCGAGUUUUGUGCUGGGUACCGACGCUGAGGUGGCGGAAGUGGCCGGCUGGAUUAUCGACGAGGCGGCCCCUGCGCCGCUCGGCGUGCGGGCACUCGCAAAGAAGAUGGUGGAGAGCUACAACGCCCGCAUCGCGAAGCAUGUGCAACACGCCAUCGAGGCCGCCAUCCGCAACGGCAAACUGCGUGAGCAGGACGGCGUCGUGAAGACCGUGUCGUGA